AUGGCAGCCCUUGACUUGAACAAGAUUGCGACUACCCUUCGCACGGCACGCGAUGAGCGGAAACCCAUCGACGCGCCAACAAAGACUUGGGCCUCUCUUGACGCCGAGGGAGGGUUUCAAGUUCAAAAACUCAACUCCGACUUCGCUGUCAAAAACGGGGAUCGCCUUGUUGGUUACAAGCUUGGUAACAUUGCCAAAGUCAUGCAAGUUGCCUUUGGACUCGACCAUCCAGACUACGGCUUUCUUCAUGCAAGCACUUUCUCCUAUGAAGGUUCUCCGCUUCACCUCGAUCAGUUCAUCAAGCCAUAUGUGGAGCUCGAACCGGCUUUCGUUCUGCGGAGCCCUCUCAAAGGGCCCAAUGUAACCGUUGCAGACGUCAUUAGUGCUGUCGAUUAUGUCGUACCUGCUAUUGAGAUAAUUGACUCCCGUGUGAAGAAUUGGGCCAUAGAUCUGCCUGACACAUUGGCCGACAAUGGUUCGAACGGCGGUGUGAUUCUAGGUGGAACGCCAAAGAGGGUUUAUGAUCUCAAUCUCAGCAACACUAGAGGUGUCUUGCGCUUCAAUGGCGAGGAGGUUAUGACUGGAAAUACUCGGAAUGUUCUUGGGAACCCGCUUGCUGGAGUAGCCUGGUUGGCUAAUCGAUUGGCUGAGUAUGGUAUUGAAUUUCAGCCUGGUCAAAUCAUCUUGCCAGGUAGUUGUUUGGAAGCCGUCCCGAUGGAGCGGAGUGGGCGGUGGUCUUGCGAGUUUGAAGGCUGGGGUGCUAUUGAAUUCGAUGUUGUUUGA